AUGGGUGCAUCAGGCUUAGGUUCUGCUUUAGCAAAUUGCAUUAAUCUCUUAAAUUUGACACUUAACCUUUAUUACAAUUAAAUUGGUGCAAUGGGUGCAUCAGGCUUAGGUUCUGCUUUAACAAAUUGUAUUAAUCUCUCUAAUUUGACACUUAACCUUUAUUACAAUUAAAUUGGUGAUGAAGGUGCAUCAGGCUUAGGUUCUGCUUUAGCAAAUUGCAUUAAUCUCUCAAAUUUGACACUUAAUCUUCGUUACAAUUAAAUUGGUGAUGAAGGUGCAUCAGGCUUAGGUUCUGCUUUAGCAAAUUGCAUUAAUCUCUCAAAUUUGACACUUAAUCUUUGUAACAAUUAAAUUGGUGCAAUGGGUGCAUCAGGCUUAGGUUCUGCUUUAGCAAAUUGCAUUAAUCUCUCAAAUUUGACACUUAAUCUUCGGUAAAAACAGUUUAUUUGUUUUGGAUUGUGA